AGUGUACGCUACGGAUCGUGCGCGAAGAGGUACUACACGCUCGACGAAAGUGUCGUGCCCUCUCGUGACGGCGUCUUGCGGGUCUUUUUUUUGUUUUGUCACAUUCACGAUCCUUGCUCCAGAGUGUUUUCCUUUCGGUACGAUUGGGUUCGUUUGCGGACAGUGCCAGUUACAGCGGAAAACGGAUUGUCCCUGUGGUGUUAGUGCAUCGCAAUGUGAUCUUGCACACAGCAGAAGGCACAUUCCAGCGAUAAAUAUUCGGUGAAGAGAUUUUAAGUGAAUUCAGGUUUUUUUUUGCGGUGUGAGUGACUGUUGUGGCGCCUAGCAGUUACAUGAUCAUCAGCUCCUCGUGAGCCCCCCCCCGACCCGAGUGACGGAAGUCGACUACCGUGCUAGAAGCGAAACAAAACAGAGAGAGAGAGGAAAGAGUGAAGAGAAAAAAAUCCGGGAAAAUUUGAAGAUUUGCGUAACGAAAUCUGGUUGCGUUUCGAGGCUUCGAUCGUCGAUCGUGCGUGCAGUGUGUGUGUGUGUUUCGUGACGUGCGCGUUUGUGUGUGGAUUACCGUGGUGAACGGUUAAAUCAAUAGCCGGUGUCACCAUCAUCAGCCCAACAGUAGCAGCAGCAACAACGGACUGGCGACCAUGAAACAGGCAAAUGGUCGUGUGUUCGAUCGGAAUAAAGUCACCGCGACGUCUAGCCGGAAGUGAGCGCAGCGAGCAGCCAGCGCGACAGUUUGGUGGAGGAGCAGGAGGAGGAGAAGGUGAAGGAGGAGGAGGAGGAGGAGAAGGAGGAGCAGUAGGAUAAAGCCAGGGACAUCCCAUCUGCCCUCCCCCAUCGUCGUCGUCGUCAUCGUCGUCGUCUUCGGUGUCGUCUGCAGCGCUUCAUGGCCAACUUAUGCAAAAAGAUGCGGCGACGUUCCAGAAUGAAGGUCCUAAAGAUACUGCAGUCCUUUUCGCAAGGAACAUUUAUAGCAUUUAUGCUGCUCUUUUUCGGCGUGAAUUGUAUGGGCGAACCGGGGUAUCUGGACUUUGAUAAUCUGCCCGAGACGAACUUUACCUGUGCCGGUAAGGUGAUCGGUGGAUACUAUGCGGAUCUGGAAGCCUCGUGCCAGAUGUUCCAUGUCUGCACGAUCGGUCAGGGUGAUGAGCCGAUGGACAUCAAGUUCCUGUGUCUGAAUGGUACGGUGUUCGAUCAGGAGACGCGCGUCUGCGAGCGUGUCGAUGAGGUGGACUGUUCCAAGUCGGAGAAGUUUUACUACCUUAAUCUGGAGCUGUAUGGCAACACGAUCAUUCCAUCACCAGAGGAAGGAAGCUCCGAGGAGGAGGGUAACGAAGGUGGAUCGUCGUCUACGACGACGACUACUACAACGACCACUACCACGACAACUACUACGGUGAAGCCUCCCACCACCACCCCAUCGAGGAGAUUCAUCUUCAACAAUAACAACAAGGGCUUCACACAACCCAUUUCCUCGUCGACGGUCGCCUCCCCGAUGCAUGCGUUCUCCAGCACCUCACCGAAACCGCCAGCGGAUGAGGAGGAGUACGAGUAUGAGGAUGAAGAGUAUGGCGAUGAAAAGCAAGGCGAUCAGGACUCGGUAGUAGUGUCCUCACUGAACGAGAACGGUAGCUUCUCGCCACAGCAGUUCACCAUCCAGCAGCAACAGCAACAGAAUAAUCAACCAAAAACGGAACCACCGACGAAGGCAGGUGGCGCGAAGCCGGCCGUUUCGUUCCAGCAGCAACACUUCCAGAACGGUGGCACCCUUACCGUGACCAACUCGCACGUCACCGUGACCACGCACACGACGGGCGUCGGUUCGGUCGGUGAGCUAGCGGUCAAUGGUACGAAACCGAAAGUCCAGACACAGCAAAUCCUUUUGACACACAAGCAAAAGCAGCAAUUUGAGCAUCAGAAGCGCCAGCAACAGGAGCAGUUGCUGCAGCAACAGGCCAUCGCGAAGCAACACGAAGAGCUACAGAAACGCCAGCAAGAGGCCGCGGUCAAGCAGCAGCAAAAGGCGUACCAGCAACAACAGAAGCAGGUCCAGCAACAUGAGGCCGAGAUCAAGAACCAUCAAGCGCUGCUGCUGCUGCACACGCAGAAGAUUAACCGGCAACAGCAGCAGCAACCGCCGCCACCACCACCGCCGAAGCAACCGGCCGUUCCCUCAUCGGUGGUUCCACCGGCCAACCAGCGGUCUCCCUUUGGUACGACCGGAACGAGUGGUACGUUCGGAUCAGCGAGUCAGCAAACACAAGCACCAAAGAGAAUCCCAUUGCUUGCCUCCGCCUCACCAUUGGCAUUGCCAUCGCCAGCCUCCCCGUUGACACCGUUCCGAUUGAGGGCCCAGGGCUUCAAACUCCCUCCCUCGGUGGCCCCAUCGAUGUCACCACAGCAACGGCAGGACAUACUACGUCAACAGCAGCAGCAGCAGCAGCAACAGCAGCAGGAGGAACGCUUCGAAGGAUACCGAAGACAACCACCGCCUCAGUAUCCGGUUCGUUUUCAGGUACCACUACAUCUACCCUUCGAGCAGCAGCUGCGCAACCAGAAGGACAUCUCGCUCCAGUUCGAUCCCGAGGUCGAGGACCUCACGCAGAUUCCGCAGCACAAGGAGCUGAAGCGAUCGGAUCCACCGUUCCACUCCAAUCCGGUCGGCCAACCAAAAUCGCAGCCGGGCGCGAGCACGUCCGCUUCCUCCAAGGCACCGGCAGUGAUCAGUGAGCGCAAGAUCGAUGCAGCAGCAACCGGCAGCAAUGGACAGCAGCAGCAGCAGCAGCAGCCGGCACACGCGGAACCGGAGGAUCCCGUGGUAGAGUACGAGUACGAGGACGAGGACUAUAGCUCCGAGGGUGACGAUCCGGAGCCCGGCAGUCCUAGCCUAGAUAGCGUUAAGUCUAACACCAAUAGUGAAUUUGUUAUCGCCAAGAAUGUGGCCCCGGGUAAGGGUGCCGAGGACGGUGGGUCCACCCUUCCGAAGGAGCAGACCACCGAUAAGGGCGGGGCAAGAAGUGAUGGUAGAACUAGUACUAAUCCUAAUAGCGCAAGCAGUAGCUCUAGCAAUCAUAGAAGUAGCAGUAACAUCAAUAGCGGCAAUAGUAGUAACGAUCGUAGCUCUAAGAAGCUCCCUAUCGGCAGCAAUGGCAGCAGCAGCAGCAGCAGCAACACUAGUAGGUUUAUCAUUAACAACGAACACCACAAGAGCCAUCAGCAACAGGCCCAGCCGCCACGUGUUCAGCCGUCAGCUCGCAGUAGUUCUCCAUCGUCGUCGCCAGCGCCACCGCCCCCACUACCGCCACCGGUGGCCCUACCCAAAGUGAUCGUCACCACUAGCACCUCGAUCCGCGAUAACCAUGGUCGCACGAUCAACUACUCGAUCACCAGCAAUGGUGGCUCGAGUACGGUUCGGCCGGCCAGUGGAACGACGGCCCCUAGUCCGGUCAUCCGGGGUUACGACGAGUACAAAGAGAGUGACGUGCUGAGCGAUCCGUUCUUUCUGGACGUCCCACGGACAGGGGCCACCGUCGCCACGGGGGGUCAACGUGCCAGAACUCGGCGCCGUAAGCGCUAUAUCCUGCUCGUCCCUCGCUUCAUGUAACAACCUGCAUCUCGCCCUUCCGUGCCCAGUCCGGCGGUUGCGAUUGUAAAUAUUUGUUCACUCAGCCUAAUCUUAAUGGGUACAGGAGUGCGCAGCCAGCCGCCAACAUAAUCCUUCCGCAUGCCCCAAUGAUGUCCAAUACUCAUGUCCUCCCUUAUUAUCGUGCCGGAGAUCGGUGUUCUGCUCUUGGAUUAGCUAAUUUAAUGUUUGAAAGAAAAACCUUUUUAAUUUAAAGUGCGCGUUAAGGGUUGUACAGAAAUGAUAAGAGAGGGAGAGAGCGUUCAAUUUUAUCAUCGCGAUUGCUUACUUGUAGUCUUCGUUCGACCUUCCACCCUUGUUGGAUAGAGUUUUCAAUCCUUUUACCACCCUUCCCUAUAAAUUUGCAUUCGCCUUACGCGUCCAAGUGAAUACAGCCAAGCCUUUCGGCGAAUGCAGAGCGUGAAGAGCGCGCAGCACAUUGAACGAAGAGAUUAUGUAAAAAAUAAAGAAUAAAGCACUGUU